CAUGGUCCUCGCCCUCAACGGCAGUCACCUCUACGGUAACCUCCGGCCCUUGGUCCUGGAGGAGCCGCGGGAGCUGAGCGGCGGUGGGAUGAUCGCCGGCUCCUGGCCCCCGCGCAGCCUGGCAAAGCUCGGCCCGUCGUCCCCCCCGUCGGCACUGCCCACGGCGAGCCCCCUCCCCGCCAACGACUCCCAGUGCGGGGAGCAGAUCCUCAGCUACGGCAACGUGGAGAAAGUUGUCAUCGGCGCCGUCCUCUCCCUCAUCACCCUGCUGACCAUCGCCGGCAAUUGCCUGGUGGUCAUCUCCGUCUGCUUCGUGAAGAAGCUGCGGCAGCCCUCCAACUAUCUCAUCGUCUCGCUGGCCCUGGCUGACCUCUCGGUGGCCUUAGCCGUCAUGCCCUUCGUCAGCGUGACCGACCUCAUCGGCGGCGAGUGGAUCUUCGGGCGCUUCUUCUGCAACGUCUUCAUCGCCAUGGAUGUCAUGUGCUGCACGGCCUCCAUCAUGACUCUCUGCGUGAUAAGUAUCGACAGGUACCUGGGAAUAACAAGACCUCUUACGUAUCCUGUGAGGCAGAAUGGGAAGUGUAUGGCCAAAAUGAUCCUCUGCGUUUGGCUCUUAUCUGCCUCUAUCACUAUACCCCCGCUCUUUGGUUGGGCUCAAAACGUAAAUGAUGAAAAGGUUUGUUUGAUCAGUCAAGACUUUGGCUACACCAUCUACUCUACGGCUGUUGCAUUUUACAUUCCAAUGUCAGUGAUGCUUUUCAUGUACUAUCAGAUUUACAAGGCUGCCAAGAGGAGUGCUGCCAAACACAAGUUUGCAGGAUUUCCCCGUCUUGAAGAAAUGGAAGGGAUUUCUAUGAAUGGAGUAGUAAAACUGCACAAAGAAUCUGAAGAAUGCACUCAUUUUUCACGACUCCUAAAGCAUGACAGGAGAAACAUUUCCAUCUUUAAAAGAGAACAGAAAGCUGCCACUACACUUGGGAUUAUUGUUGGGGCUUUCACUGUCUGCUGGCUGCCCUUCUUCCUCCUCUCAACUGCCAGGCCCUUCAUCUGCGGUACAGCAUGCAGCUGUAUCCCACUGUGGGUUGAGAGAACAUCUCUAUGGUUGGGUUAUGCAAACUCUCUCAUUAAUCCUUUUAUAUAUGCCUUCUUCAAUCGGGACUUGAGGACAACUUAUCGCAACCUACUGCAAUGCAAAUACAGAAAUAUCAAUCGGAAGCUGUCAGCUGCAGGGAUGCAUGAGGCUCUGAAGCUUGCAGAAAAGCCAGAACUUGUUCUGUAAGGUCACUCAUUGUUUAGUGUGAUAAUUUAUUGUUUUGUCAUGUUAGGUUUUUGUCAACAAAUCUGAAAGAAGUGUUAAGGGAGGAAGCAGGCUUCUUGAGCACAGUUAA